AAAAUGGCUGCUGCUCCCAAGGAUAUUGAAAAACCUCAAGGCACAGAUUCUGCAUCAGUUCACCGCAUUCGUAUCACUUUGACUUCCAGGAACGUACGUUCUUUGGAGAACGUGUGUCGGGCGUUGAUAAACAAUGCCAAAAACCAGAAUCUGCGCGUCAAGGGUCCAGUACGCAUGCGAACCAAAACUCUACGCAUCACAACACGCAAAACCCCUGUUGUUGAAGUUUCCAAAACUUGGGAUCGAUUUCAGAUGAGAAGCCACAAGCGUAUCAUCGACUUGCAUUCACCUUCGGAGAUUCUCAAGAAGAUCACUUCCAUCAAUAUUGAGGCGGGCGUAGAAGUAGUAGAAGUACCAUUGCCAACUAAACAGAACGACCAGGGAAGCUAUACGGUCACAUCUAUUGGGUACCCGGACAUAAGGGCAUUACAGGAAACGGAAUUGUAG